UGGAGUCUCCUGGUUCAGACAGCUGGAGUGGCUCAGGGCUCAGAGAUUCACAACGCAGGAACAGCGUUUAUCUCUUCAGCAGCCUCUCUCAGUGUGUGCGGGGUUUUACUGCAGGUCUAGCGGAGUGUGUGAAGCUGAAAGCGGGACGCGGGGCUGGUGUGCAGCUCCUCGGCUGCUGUGGUUCACUCAGACGGGAGAGAGAGAGACACCGAGAGGACCGUGCUGAGCUCUCUCUCUCUCUCUCUCUCAGCCUUAGCCGCAGUCACUUACAGCCUCAUUCUUCCUCACACUUUCACCUACAGCCCGGUGGAGCAUGAUCGUGGUGCCAGUACUCUGCAGCAAUGCGUGGUCUAGGCUGUAGAAUCAACUUGCCGGCUGUGCUGAACGGCCUGCUGGUGUCCGUGGUGGCAGCGCUUUUAUGGAAGUACGUUCGACUAAGCGAGCACAUGACUCAGCUGGAGGAGGAGCUCCAGCUUACACGGCAGUCCCAGGAACUAUCGCAGGUACGCAUAGAUUACCAUGCCGCCCUGCUGGCACUGCAAGAGCAGGGAACCAGAAUGGUCUGCACGGGAAAGAUGCACACUGACCGCAUUUGCCGUUUUGACUAUCUCUGCUACUGUACCGAGGCUGAGGAGUUCAUCUUCUUUCACAGCAAUGCCUCCGUUAUGCUCCCCAAUUUGGGCCCUCGUCGCUUCCAGCCAGCCCUGCUAGACUUGUCCUCCGUUGAGGAUCAUAACACUCAGUAUUUUAAUUUCUUAGAAUUGCCAGCAGCUGCGCUGAAGUACAUGCCGAAACCUGUAUUUGUGCCAGACGUCACCCUCAUCCUCAAUCGCUUCAAUCCUGAUAAUCUGAUGCACAUAUUUCACGAUGAUCUCCUACCUAUAUUCUACACCAUGCGGCAGUACUCGGACUUGGAUGAUGAAGCCAGGCUCGUCUUCAUGGAAGGCUGGGGAGAGGGGGCCCAUUUUGACCUGUACCGUUUGCUUAGCAGCAAGCAACCCUUGCUUAAAGACCACUUACGGAACUUUGGCAAGCUCAUGUGCUUCACCAAAUCUUACGUAGGCUUGUCGAAGAUGACCACGUGGUAUCAGUAUGGAUUUGUACAGCCUCAAGGUCCCAAGGCCAACAUUCUGGUGUCGGGAAACGAGAUCCGUCAGUUUGCCUCGUUCAUGAUGGACAGACUGAAUAUCACAAAAGAGCAGACGUCUGAGGACGAUGAUUAUAUUGUGGUUUUUAGUCGUGCGUCUAACAGACUCAUACUCAAUGAAGCCGAGUUGAUUCUAGCUUUGGCUCAGGAGUUCAAGAUGAGGACAGUCACUGUGUCCUUAGACGAGCAGCCAUUCGAUAGCAUAGUCCGGGUCAUCAGUGGGGCAUCCAUGUUGGUCAGCAUGCACGGAGCCCAGCUGAUCACCUCCAUGUUUCUUCCGCGAGGAGCUGCUGUGAUCGAACUCUUCCCGUAUGCAGUCAACCCAGAACAGUACACUCCGUACAAAACCCUGGCCUCUUUACCAGGCAUGGAUCUCCAGUAUAUAUCAUGGAGAAACAACAUUGAGGAGAAUUCCGUGACUUAUCCUGACCGCCCUUGGGAUCAGGGAGGCAUCACACACUUGGAGAAAGAGGAGCAGGAGCGUAUCCUCACUAGCAAGGAGGUACAAAGGCACCUCUGCUGCCGCAACCCUGAGUGGCUUUUCCGGAUUUAUCAAGACACCAUUGUGGACGUUCCGUCCUUUUUGGAAGUCCUUAAAGAAGGUCUAAAAGUUAAGCCUAAUCUGAAAAAGUCUAAGCCUGCCAGCACAGUACAUCCCGGUCGAGUCCGAGAACCCAAGUGUCAGACAUCGGUUCAAGCUACCAAUGAAGCGAAGCUUGCUGUGUCCUGGCAGAUCCCUUGGAACCUUAAGUACCUGAAGGUGAGGGAGGUCAAAUAUGAAGUGUGGAUCCAGGAGCAAGGGGAAAACACAUACAUGCCUUACAUUCUCCCUCAUCAAAACUACACCUUCUCAGAGAACAUUAAACCCUUUACCACAUAUCUAGUAUGGGUGCGUUGCAUCUUUAACAAGAACCUUUUGGGGCCUUUUGCAGAUGUUCUUAUAUGUAAAACUUGACUCUGUAAAACAGCUCACAAUUGCUAAAAUAUGCUGAAAAUGCAGAAAACCAAGUGCUGAAGUAAAGUUGGACACUUGACUGGAAGAAGAAUCACUUUUCAUGCAGUCUGUUUAAAUCCUGUGGAGCAUGUAGACAGUGAGUGAGUGAGUUAAAAAAAAAAAAGUGCAUUUGUGCCGAGAAGGCCUGAAGAUAAUACUGAAUACUGAACUGCCAAACCUGACUCUCUCGGAAGACUUCUCUAGUUUUGUCAUGAGAAUAUAGUUCUACAAGAGACACAUUUUCAAUUCAGAUUUUAUUUAUAAGAAAUGAGUAAUGUGUAAGGUAAUUUAUUUUUAUUUAUUAGUAAAAAAAAAUCCUGUCUGCUAUUGUUGAGAUUAGUGUACAUGUUGGAUGUGUGUGUGUGAGAGUGUGUGUAAGAGUGUGUUCUUAUCUGAUUGUACUGAUGGUAGAUACUUCAAGGUUUCAUACUUUUUUGGCUGGAGUAAUUUUGUUCAAUUUUACACUUCUGAGUUUUCUGUGACGUUUUGUGACGUUGCCCUCUUGAACAAAUGUUUUUUGCAUAGUCUUCAAAAAUGCCUUUUCAGAUUGGAUAGCUUAAUAUUUAAUAGUAGAUACAGCACAUUUGCAUACACCCAAAAUUAGUACAAAAAAACCCAAAGUGGACUUAAAAAUGUGUAUGUCUCCUGUUCGUCCUUUUUAGUGUAGGUGGUAGCUUGUACUGGUACUUGAAUUGACUUUCUUUUUUUUAUAUACAAAAAGCAUUUAUUUCAUGCUCACCUACUUUGAUAUUGAAACUUGUUGCCAAUAGGAGAGCUUUGAAAUUCUGUACAUUAACCAUGAUAUUGCACAGUCAGGUGCUGUAACUAAAUAGUGCACAGAUUCAAUACUGUAGUUUGGCUUGCUAAAUUUAAGAGUUGCAUGUGAACUGUAAUAGAAUUGGUAAUAGGUCAUUGUUCACUCACAGUGUCUUACACAUGAACAUUAUUUAAUACAUUACAAGCAUUUUGACCACCUCACACCAUGACACGCCGUAGUUCAUCAUCAGAACUUAAGGGCUUUCUCUUUUCUCUUAUUCUUACAGUGUUUAUGUACAUGUGAGCUUUCUUAAUUUAAAGGGAAAAACAAAAAACAGAAUUAUUUUAGCUGUUUUUACCAAUUCAUUUCAAGAUAUCACCUUGUGACAGAAUUGCUUGUGCAGUUUCCACAUCAUUGACGCAUUGACGCUUUUAACUAUUAAAGAGCCCAUGUUAUUAAAAAAAAAAAAUGAAUUUAAUGUAGUAUGUAAACAUUUCAGGUACUUUAAGAGAUUUUCCAAUAAAUUUAACUUGCUCUUCACUCCCCAAUCUCUGUAUGGAAAUGAAGCUGCAAAACAAAAAAUGUUUUUAUGAUGUAUUAAAACACAUCUUCAUCUAUCCACCCACUUAUUCUAAUGGGUUUUAUCACUAUCCAUGUACAAGGAAUGUCUCAAUCUGUACUAUAUAUCUCAAUUAGAUUGAAUACAGGGGAAUUAAUCAGAGGUUAUUUAGGUAAUUCAGUCCUAAAGGCUCACCCAGUUUAUUUAUAUAAAUGUUGAAUUUUUAGUUCAUGUAUUCAACGAUAACCUCAAGAAAAUAAUUAGGACACAAGAAAAAUUUAGGAUGUAAUGGUGCUGGGCAAUAUGACCUCAGAUCAAUACCAAGAUUAAUUGAAAACAUUGUAUAUUAAACAUUGUAUAUUAUGAGUUUUCCAGACAGGUAUUAAGACGUCGUAGACUAUGUUUUCCUUUCAGUAGUAAAUUGUCAUUUAAAAAGCUGUAUAGUCUAAAACUAAGCAUAUGGGUAGUCCAUGUCUGGGGAAAUGCCUCUAUAAUUUAUUAGGAUUAGCCAGCGAUUAUUUUAAUGAAUGGCACUGCAUUUUUCUUUGGAACAAACUGCUCGAGUUGCCUCGAGUUUGUUCUGCUGCAUGUUGUUUCCAUGCUGCAGACUGGGCAGGGUGGAGUCAUGUGACUAUGUUUCAUAGCAGAUUUUUUUUUUUUUAAAGAGGACAAUGCAUCAACAUUCUCAGUGUGGAACUUAAACACAGAUUUUAUUAGGAAGUUUUAACAUAAUUAAAAAUAAUAAUAAUUGGCAUGUGCAAGAUUACAUCAGUUAGAGUUUCUAAUUGUCAGUUUCAGUCAAUUUUUUUAAUUAAUUGUUCAGCUCAAAGAUGAGAUAAUGAAGCAAACCCAAUGUAUAAACAACACACAUUUCAACACACUUUAAUAACCUGUUCUGCAGUUAUGGAUAUGAAGUAUCUGAAAAAGGCAAGUGCUUGUUUAGAUUAAAUUUAGAUGAGACCCCAGCUGUGCUGUCUCCUGCCAUAGCCAGUUUCUUGAUUGACAAAAUCUUCUGCUAAUUACAUACAUGUGCAAGCUGAGGAUAGUUAAUCUUAUGAUCUAAAAUAGAUGUAAGGUCUACUGUCUGUAAUCAGAGAAGGAGGAUAUGUAAUUCAAUAGCACUAAACUAACCAAUGCUUGACUCCGAGAAGAACUGAGGUAAUUCCUGUUUUCAGGGCAGAGAUGUUUUGAUGAUAAAGCAUACUAACUGUGAGAAGGAGUAAGUAGAGGAAAUGAAUGUGCUACAGUUGUGGGCAGAAGUUUUACCAUUGGACAAAACAAGAAUCACACUUGAGUCACGCUUUGACUAAACACUGUACCCACCAACACCUUCUGGCAGUAUCUUUCUUCAUGUGAUGCUACCACCACCAUGCUUAACGCUUAACAGUUGGUACAUUGUUCUUGUGGCUGAUUGUUUCACUUUUACUUCUCAAAGCAUUUCUAGUCAUUGUGGCCAAUUUUUUUUUUUCCUAAAACUUUAUACUUUUUUAAACGUCAGUGCUUAAACAUCACUGCUUAAAGAUCAUUGAUCAACUGGAAAUGUCUAUACAUACUGUGUAAUAUGUUCUGUUUAAUUGGUUUAAAAAUCACUGCAUUAAAUAUGGGAUAGUGUUUAAAUGGUGCUUUUUACCGAUCUGUCACUACUGAUGUAUUUUGUUUGGGACUGUCUUUUAGUACAUGGUGAUGCUUAACUGUUCCACCAGCUGACAGAUAAUGGAAUGCCUAGGACUGUAGUAAAUCCUAAUCAUUAAAAGCAACAAGUUAAACUUUUCACACUGUUGAAUUCAUGAUUUAAGUGAGAGUAUGAAUAUUUUAGACCUUGCGUGUAUAAUUUUGCCUCUGUGUUGAUUUCUAACAACACCCCACCCUACACUUCCAAAAUUAAAAGUUUAAAGAAAUCAUUGAAAGUCUAAUUGUUACCACGCUUAUUAUGUCCACAGUGAAUAUAUGUAAACCUCCGACUGCAACUAUUUAUUAGCACUGUAUGUUUGCCACUUUGAGAUUCACCAUGCCAGGAAUUGUCAUUUUAGUAUAUUUUACGUCCUAUAUCACGUGGAAUAAAGUAAUGUUGUAUUUAUAUAUUUUUUUCACCGUUUAAAAUAACUGUGCAUAUUGUUUUUUCCCUUUAUAAUGUGAAAGCUAGGGGGUUUGUAAUAUCUCAGUUCUUGGUUCAGUUUAUUGUUUGGCCCUUUGUGUUUGGAAACCACCUCUCUUUUAUUGAGUAAUUUCUGUACUAGCCUGAAGCUCUACUGAUUCGUUUACUAUAUGCAGAAGGUUAACAUAUCAUUGGGGGGGAGGGGGACUGUUUUGCCGAAGCACUGAAGCAUGAUUUUAAAAGAUGGUAGAGUGGGCAUGACUUAACUCUAAAAGUGUUUGGAAGUUUGAACCCUGAGGAGAUGUGAUUAGAACAAUAAAAUGUUUUGUUUUCUA